GUACGACACAUUAGGCUUUAAAAACUUUACAAGUUGUUAGUUAAUAUGCUGUAGAGAAUAUAAGUUUAAAACCUCACAAAAAAUAUGGGAUGCUCACAAAGUUUACCGAAUGAUGCUCCUCGUAUGUUUAAGGCGAGAAACUUGAACGACAAGGAUAAAGCUGUUAACGCGGUUACUUUAGAAGUUUCCAAUAAGAAAGUAAUCGUAAGAAGUCGGAAUCGGAAAAUAAUGGCGUCUUGGCCGAUUGCUUGUCUACGUAGGUACGGCUGUAACCUCGAUUCCAUAUUCAUUGAAGCGGGAAACGGUUGCGAAACCGGACAAGGAAUGUACCUGUUUAAAUGCUCACACACCGACGAGUUGUUCGAAUUACUUCGACACCAAGUAUCAGAGUUACAGGCCGAGCAAGAACGUUUGAUGCCGGCACCUCAUCAUAUGCAAUUCACAUCUUUACCGCAACAAUCAAUCAUUUCAACGAACGGCUACCCUCGAUACAUGAACGUCAAUAAUUCAAGCGGUUCACGUCACGUGACCUCUAACGGAAACGCGAAUUAUGCGAACGGAAGUGUCAGGAAUCAUCAGUCAGCCAUACCUACGCCACCACCCGGAUACAGUGCUCCUGUUACGCCAGCCCCUAGAGGGAGCACGUCAUCUCAACACACAGCUACCUUGGCUUCGUUACCAGAAGACGAAACUCUAACAUUAAACCAUCAACCGUUUGCAUUGCAACCAGCGCCCACGUCUAGACAGGAGAUGAUAAGUCGCCGUCGAGUUAACAGUGAAAUGGUAGCCACGUAUGAUAGAGGUUCCGACCGUGUUAAGAUCGUUCAGCAAAGACGAAACAGCGAGAACGCUAAUUACGAGAAUAAUGACGUCAUGGAACAUUCGGGGAGUUUCCCUAGACGGGUACGUUACGAAGCUCGAUCAGAAGAAGUCACCAUUGACCAAUCAGCGCCCGCCACGUCAUCGAAUGAUGAUAAACCUUCUCCCAGCGCUGUGGAGUCAGUCAGUCGUGACGUCAGCAUGAUGUCAUUACGAUCCGACUGCGAACCCUUGCUUACCCCCGGUAGCAACAGCACGUCGGGUAUUGGAAGUUUAAACGGUAAUGGGAGCACAAUAUCUCAGAAUCCACCCCCUAUCCCACCACAUCCAACUACGACUGCGGGCGACCCCUGGCGGAGACAUAAUUUCAAAGUGAAGCCGCAUAAUCAUCAUUUUCAUCGACGCCUCUCGCCUACAGUGCCACAUUCCGCACAGCCUUACAGAGACUAUGUGAACACAACCCAUGCGAGUAUGGAUAUAUCCGGCACGCCAUUACCCGCCACAGCUGUGGGUUCAAUGCAUUUCAACUUUGACUUUGACUCUCACUUGUUCGGGCAUAGACCGCGGUCUGGAAGCUCUAAACUCAACUAUGUACCCGUGGAAGCGUUUAAAAACGGAGACGAUUUCAGUUGUGGCGCCUCCUCCGCGUCAUCGGGUAUACCAGGUACCCCACGAACCCCUAAAACUCCCAAAACCCCCCUUUCAAGUCACCCCGCUAUCGACUAUGCGAUCAUAGACCCCAACAAAACGCGCGCACUUUCAAACACUCAUCGAACCAGACAACGAGAGAGAAAAUCACGUCACGAAAGCUAAGCGUCAUCUAUCGUGACGUAAUGAUGACGUCACCAUUCGUGACGUCACGAAACUUGUUACUGAAUACUACUAUAUCGAAAUUUCUUUACUGUUUUUCUCUUAAUUUUUAAUGUACGCCAUUUAAGCACAAGGUAAAGUCCUUCGUUUUCAAAUUUUUACAUCAUUUUUUUAUCUCAGUCUUAAUCUUGGUACCGAUAUCCCACAAUGUCGGUGGCUUCGUUUUUAUUCUUUCCUUUACAUCGUGUUUGAACCGGCGGCAAGCGAGCUGCUCUAUCUCUUUUAAAGGUGCUUUCUUUACCGUUAGCUGCGCUGUUUCUUAAGUUCAAUCGAAUGCUUCUUAUUAUCGUGGACUGCCAUCGAUCCUCGGAUCGAACCCCGCUGCGUAUUUUUCGUUCCUUAUUCGUUUACCCGACUCCAAAGUACCGAGUCCCGAGUAGGAGAUAUCUUGAUUCGGUAAAAAAGGAUACACGUUUUUAAGCAAGAGGAAACCCAUUGCUUAUUUAAGAAAUCAAGUACAUAGUGUUACCUUUUUUAUCUCUGUCUGUAUUUUUUUCAAUCCCUAAUUUUCACAAACAAAUUAAAACUCAUUUCGGGUUUCCAAAGUAGAAAACAUCCGAACUACUGAUUGCUCUCCUUACACCUUAAACCGAGAUAUCUUCGUAUUUCCAUGUGUUGCUACCAACUAUCUGAACCUACGUUGCCAAACUAACAGUGCCUUGUGCUAUCAAACACUUUAUAUUACCUGUCCAUCAAGUUAACUUCAAAAUCCUUGGCUGAUUUGGUCUCACCCAACUUCAUAGCACCCCGGGUUCAUUGUCCAUCGCCAAUCUUCGCGUUACAGUCGCGGUGGGUCAUUGUGACGUCACAGAUACCUCGAAUAUCUAUUCUAGAUCAUAACAUGCCGAGUUGAUUGCAAAAAUGUCUGCCAAGAACCAGCUCUGUUAAGUAACAAUGGUCAUUGUACAUUGAAGUAUUAUUUCCUGCCUCGCCUUCUUUGAAUAAAAGUAUUUGUCACCGAC